AUGGGACCUGGAAAUGAAGAAUAUGUUCAUGGCUUGUACUAUCCGCCGUCAUGUUCACUGAAAUCGUACCGCUUGUUAAGUACUUCUUCACUGAAUCGAAUUUUUGCCGUUGAGCCAUGUCUGCUUGAAGAAUUUGUAAUUCCAGUGAAAUCGAAAUUCGGUGUCGAUAUACGUCGAAUUGGUUUGCAUUUGGGCGCUGGUCGUCCUCUACCGUCGUUUAAUGAUUUUUAUUCGUUACUGUGUAACUUGCAUCACCUAAGUGAUGUUAUCGGUUGCGGUCUAUCGAUCAGCUAUGCUUCAUCUGAAGGUGAUCGCUUGCCGAUAUCAAAUGAUCAGAACCUAAGGAAAGCUCUUGAAGAAAAACCGAAAAUAUUACGAUUGACUCUGCAAAAGAAAGGUGAAUCACUGGAGGAGCAAUACGGUUACGGUGUACCAAUUAUAAAUUAUAUGAGGAAGAAAAAACGCAUUUCCAUAUCGAAUCCGCAAGAUUUCAGACGGGUAUCAUCAAUAGUUGAUGUUGACAUACUACCGCAAGGGUAUCGGCGAGUGAAGCUUUGCAAAUAUUAUACCAACAAACCACUUGGAUUUUACAUUCGCAAUGGUACGACACAGAGGUUAGCUCCGUGGGGCGUUGUAACGGUGAAUGGAAUAUUUAUAAGUCGAUUACUACCAACUGGACUUGCCGCAUCAACGAAUUUAUUGGCUGUGAAUGACGAGAUUAUUGAAGUGAAUGGGAUUGAGGUUGCUGGCAAAACAUUGGAUCAGGUUACGGAUAUGAUGAUUGUUAACGCCUACAACUUAGUGUUAACAGUUAAGCCAGCUAUCGAACAGCACACAUUGCGGUUCAGUCAACAACCGCCUUUAUUGUCGCCACCAAAUUAUGAAUGUUUAUCAUUCCCAAAUCAACCGCUUAGAUCUCCAUCUACACUGCACCCUUCUCCUUGUCAUCCUCCUCGCGGGUUACCAUCAUCGCCGACAAGUGCCGCCAUUCGAUCAUUCUCACGUACGAGUACAUGGCGAUUAUCAGAUAAGCUCCAUCUAUCCGUUCUUCGGUCGCCAUUCUCGCGUUCAUCAAACAACAAAUUUGGUACUCAUCUCCGAGCCAACAAUAGCUCAACUCAUACUCCCAAUAAUAACAAUUAUUCUAGCAGCAACGCCUUCGAUAUAAGCAAAAAGAACUACACCAACAACAGUACUCGACGUCCGAUAAGUGUACAUUUUGGUGCGAUCUCACUACUUCAACCAAAAUUUAAAAUCACUGCAUUCUGA